AUGUCGAAGGGUAUCCAGUCUGCGAGUGAACGAGCACUUCGUUAUAUAGAAAAGGCUAGUAGGAUAAAAAUUAGUGAUCUGAAGGAUAAUCCUGGAGCUCGCACGAGGGCACGUGUGGUAAAAGCAACAAUGAAUCAGGCUGGCCAUACCAUUGGAGAGCUGCAGCAUGCUGCAAAACCACCAAUUGGAUGGGUAUGGGGUGAUUUUUAUAAGCCGUGGCAGAGGAUAUUUCCCAGCGAAUACAGUUUUAAUGGUGAUAUCAACUUAAGGCGUGAGUAUCGGCCUUUGUCGCUUCUAGAAUUGCAACGAUUAAUCGACCUGGGCUGGCUGAACACAGAUCGUUUGAUUGAUCUUACGGCUCUUUGCAAUACUCAGAGGUAUAGGUGUGAUCCAACUUUGAGACAGUUUGGUGUGCAAUUAACGGAUGAGGGACUAGACAUAUUUGCUGCUUGCGUGAAUCUGGAAGUGCAGUUUGCUCCGCAAACUGUUAUUGCAGCAGUUGAACGAGCUGGUGGUAAUAUACGAACCGCUUAUUAUGAUGCCUUCUCUCUCCGGGCUGCUGUAAACCCAGAAAAGUGUUUUGCAGGUAAUGUUGUACCUAGGCGGAAGGCGCCUCCUGCAGACCUUAUGCUUUAUUAUAUGGACCCCAAAAACAGAGGGUAUUUGGCGAAAAAAGAGGAAAUUGAGGAGGCCGAGCAAGAGAUACGUAAGAAGGAGUUAGAGGAGAAACCAAUUGACCAAUUGUUCAUAGGAAUCCCUUCGGGGUCAAUCGUGUCUCUGGCUGACAAAAAAAUUUUUAUCCCUAAGAAUAAAACUUUGAGAAGAUAUUAUGGACUCGAUAAAUCAGAUAACGACGACUUGUUGGCGGAUCAUUCGUAUGCUCAGGAGUUCAGCUAG